AUGGCAUUGCUUUGGGAGCUGCCAAACGAGAUGCUCGUCAUGAUUGUCAGGUUUCUGGUUGGUCGAAGAAUCAAUCACUUUGAUCCGGUUGCAACCAAGGAUUUGCAGAGCCUGAGACUUGUUUCCCAUAGGUUCAAAACUGUGGCUACUCCAAUCCUCUUCAAGAACGUUGUGCUUGACUUCAGCUCCUUCAAGCUUGCUGAUAUGAAAAGGAUCCACGAGCUGGUCAUAGCGCCUUUGGAGGCUCAAUGGGAGGAUGAGAUCCCCAAUUUUGACGCGAUCAGAAAGAUCUUGCGUGAGACUAUGGCGGUCUUGCCCACGCUCUACCAUGUCGAAAACUCAGUCUCUACCCAUGAACCUGAGCGAACGGCAAUGGCUUACCAAAAGAUUUGGGACGAGAUGGGCAUCGACCUGUCCGGAAACUUCCCUACUGUAACGAAUGAUCAAAGUGAUACUUUAGGACGAGGGGUCUCAUACCUCAUGACCUCCCUAACGAUCAGCAUCACCAGCUUGAAGCUCCGCGAGGUACCCUUCGAAAACUGGCUCUACCAUUGGCGCAUCCCAGACCAAGUCGUGCAUCUCGACAUCGAGCUCAGGAUCAGUCAAGAAAUUGGCACUCUCGAGGACCCAGUACAAACGUGCUUCGCCGUGCAAGAUUGGCGGAAACAGUUCACGGCCCUCAAGCGUCUCAAGACGCUGCGGCUCAGUCUCUCGUGCGAGGGAUUGUACCCCAACGAGGACGAGUGGUUCGAAAUGGGCGGACCCCAUUUGUACUUCGAUAACCUGCUCACCGGCCCCGAGCUUAGCGUGGAUCGUCUGGAGGCUGCCACCUGUGAGCUCGAGUAUCGAAAACACAAGGGAAUCAGUGAGGCUGGUGUGAUCAAUGACUGCACCUUCCCACGACUCGAAUCCCUGUCCCUAAUCAACUGCCCCCUCCGCGAAGAAGGACUGCUCUAUCUCGCCGUGAUGCACCAGCGAACCCUCCGAAGUAUUCAACUACACAGGGUGGUCUUCGAUGCAACUCCGGGUCAAAUGCCGGUCAAAGAACUGGCGAAAAUUAGAAAUUACCUUCCGAAUCUGACACACCUCGUUCUUUCGAAGAUAGACCUUUACGAUCCAGACAGGGGACAUUUCGAUCUGGAUCUGGAAAUGAGAGAAGAGGUUGCUUCGGUUUAUCGGUGGGACAAGGGGGACGGUGGUGGGGAUGACGGACUGGUUAGGUAUGCCUGGGAUCUUGGGAGGAUUGUGGAGGGGGAGUUGGGGCCGGGUUCGUGA